CUCUCUCUCUCUCACAUGCGGGCCAAAGGACUGUGAAAUCAUAAAUAGAGCUUUUAUGGUGGGUGGCCUGUGUGCCAUCAGUGCCCGGCGCCAUUCUGCUUCCUUCUGUGCCAUGUCCACCACCACCACCAUGUACAUUAUCCUUCCUCCGGUAGACCAUCUAAAAGCUGGUGACCCAUCCCUGAAAUAAAGGCCCAACAACAAUAGUUUCAUGGCCGUGGCCAAGAUUGCAUGCCACUCUCUACCCACCUCCAACUCUCAACCAUAAAUUCCCGGAACGCAGCAGCCGGUUAAGAGCUUCAUGCCUUCUCCGUGACUAGAUUCGAGCAUCGGGACCACUACUUCAUGCUCUUACAUCUAACGAGUUUGAUCAGGGAACGCUGGUAAGAAUGAUCCAAGCUUUCAAGCCGAUGCAGGCACCCACAAGAAGAAGAAGAAGAAGAAGAAGAAGAUGAUGAAGAACAGAGCUGUUGGAUCUGAGAAAUAAUUCAGAUGAUUUUAUAUCACGCCUGAGAGAUGGAUAAAUCGUGCCAAUCUUUGGUUUCCAGUAAGAUGAAGCAGCUGUUUGUGGUCCAGAGAGCAGUGCUUUUUCAGAUGGCAAACCCACAGUGGCUGCAUCAUGUGCUUUCUGAGGACCUAAACAAGAGGCCUAAACCAAGUGUCAGUGUCAGAUCACAGGCGAAGGAACCUCCAUCAAACCUAGGAUUUAAAUCCAGCUUCGCUCUUACUCCAUCAAAGAUUUCCCGUCUUCCAAUACCGGCUCCCCUGUGUAAACCGGAAGCAGGGUGGAAAAGACUCCGUUUUGGAGUCGCCACCAAGUUCUUGACUCGUUCGGCUGUCCUCGACUCUCCUCGAGAUCUUUCUCUUCUUACGAAAUCUGGGCCGCGCACAAAUGGCAUUCCCAGCAUCCACCCAAUCUCAGUGGCCCCCACACCAGUCCACAAAUUGUCCGCUGGAAGGAACAUGGGAGCCAACAAAGAUGAUCUUGUCAAAGAUCCAGCGCUAGAUCGCCUCACCUUCCAGUGAGAAUAAGAUUUGUUUGCAAUAGGAAAAGAAAGGUAGAAGGAUUUGUAGGUGUGUUCUCUGGGAAUCUCGUUUGCUUGCUCGCAAUUGCAGGGUUCGAGUGGCAGCGCGACUCGAGUGUCUCCAUUCCCCCACACCCCAAGGCAACAAGGGAAGGAGAGAAUCUCUGAGCCUAUAAAGAAGGGAAAUAAAAAUGCCAUCGUGACCGCUGCUGCCGAAACCCAAUAAAGGAUACUCACUGGAAGAGUACGAGAAGCCAAUCACAGGAGAGAGAAAUAGAGAGCGAAGGAAUCAAAAGACCAGAUGUUGACAAAUUUCCUGUCACUGUUCUUAGAAAGUCGUUCGUUGUUGUGAGAGAUUUUUCCUUUUAUCUCGGAUCUCUCUCCUCUCCCUUUCUUUGUGGCCCAGGGGGGAUCGAUAUCCUUCGAUCUGCGGCAGCGUCUCCUGCCAAUGGCCAAUUCCGGAUGCCCGUCUCUUCACCUUUAGCGCCUUUUGAUCCCAAAAAUCCGGUCUUUUUGGCUGAGACCCUUGGCGCUUGUCGUCUCCUGUCGCUGGUACUGGUGCGGUACGACGAAAGUUGACGUUUACCAUGGCGGAAGGCCCGCGGCCGCUUGGAUUUUUGAUGUUCCGCGUUCUGAUGCUGAAUCCACUGCAGCGAUGUUCGCGGCGAUGCGGGCGGAGGUCUCUCCGUGACUGGGAAAGCUGAGGCUUUCUUCUGACUACAGUCUUCAAGAGCAUGUUUUUGACCAAAUUGAUCAGCUUUGGUUGUGAAGUCGGGCAUCAACUUGAGGGCGUUGAAGCCUAAACUCCAAUUCGAUUUUCGAAAUCGUACUUUCUUCUAGCUAACGUGCUUCAGAUAAUUCGCUUGCUGAUUGCUGCAGCCAUGUUGAACAACUCUAUCCAGGAUUUAAUGGGAAUCACAUUCAAGUGGCUGUAACCUGUUUUGCUAACUGGAUUCGUAUUCCCUCUUUCCAGUUCUCCAAGUAAUACUCUGAUUCGAAAUAGUUUGGAUCUAUUGCGAUGGAGUUAUUGCUGAUGUUCUAGAGGCCUUUUCUCCUCCUUGAAUAAGAGAACCAGGAACUACUUCUAAUACAAAGACCCCUUCCUAAUUUUUGCACAAGCGUGGACCUAGUUAACAGAAUCUGCAGAAGCUCAUGGUUCCAGCAUUCCGUCUCACUGUGACUUCUUCUUUUAUUUUAUAAAUAGAUUUGUAUGUUCCAUUUCAGUGGAAACUAUCCAUCUUUUCAUGCGUUUCUUGUGCCGUAACCUUUUUAGCGAUCUUUAGUUGUGCCAUUCCUGCUUUGGCAACAUUUGUAAAUUUGGAAGUCCCACAUUGUUUCCUUGGCUACAUAUCUUUUCCAUAGAGUCACACAUUUUUAUGUUCAAUACUAAGUUAGUGACAGUUAUUGGAGGCAUAAAUACCAUAUAGUCAAUAUUAAAUCAUGAUAUAUGUACCCUGUCUUGUAUCUUCUUUCUUGUUGAACAGACACUUGGUGAAGAUAUGUAAGCAAUGUGAUUGUUAUCAACCUCAUUUUCUAUUUUAAGAAGAAAUUACUAACUAAUAUUACUUUAGUUUGAUGCUAUUGCUACUGGUGGUGGCGGUGGUCCAUCUCAACUGCAAAUAUCAUUCUUGUUAACCACCAGCAGACGUUCCUUAAGGAGCGAGGAAAAUCUUUUUAUGUUGAACGUUAAUUAAUUCUAGAAUUUGCAUAUAGGCAUUACUUUGCUACUUCAUAUAGGGAAAAUGAAAGCCCUUCUGACAUUGCAGUGUACAUGAUUCAUGUAUUAUCCAUGUGUUUCCAUAGAUAGGAAAUUUGUUGAGUCCCUUUGGCAUCAUAUUCUUACUUUUCUUUGCCGACUAUCUUUACAACUUUCUGGAAUGGCAACAAAAGUGCAGAUAAAAAGUUACCUUCCAGGCUAUUAUCCUUUGCAGGAUGUUAAGGAGGAUGCAAGUAGUUGGACUAGUUGCUAUCAGGAUGAGAAAUUAAGUGAGCAUCUCUAUAAUAGUUAUAUGCCAAAGUCAGUGAACGAUUCAGCACAGGAUAAAGAAAUGUUGAAGCGGACAAUGCUUGAACAUGAAGCUAUUUUUAGGAGGCAGGUCUAUGAACUUCAUCGUCUUUAUAGAAUUCAGAAGGACCUAAUGAAUGAAUAUCAAACUAGAGGGUUUGAUGGAUCAUCCAUACUGGCAGAAGCAUCACACUCAAACUCUUUUUCAUCUCAAAUGCAUUACGAAUGCAACAAAAAGAUGUCAUCACAGAAGUCUCACUUCCCUAUAGGAAGGAUCAGUUGCAGAAAGACACCUUUUGGGGGCACUGAGAAGAACCAUUUUUGUUUCACAAGGGAAGGUAGCAUUCGAUCUGAUCAGAUCCCAGUAUUGAAUGAAGCUUCUCGAAAGGACACCAAGACGCUAGACUGCCAGUCUCUGAGAAGGAGAAUGUUUGACCUUCAACUUCCAGCUGACGAGUAUAUAGAUAUUGAAGAUACUGAUGGAUACGGUCUGACGAAUAUUGCUGAGGUAUCACCUAGUGCUAGUAUUCUCAAGAAUGGAACUUGCUCUCUGUAUUCUGAGAAUGAUGUGAAGCUCAGUCUAGGAAGCAAUCACAGAGAAGACUGUCACAUCUCGAACUCACCAACACAAAUCUGUAAAUCAGCCUACAGCAUAGUUGAUUUAAAUAAACUUAAAACAGAAGUAUGCUUUGAAGCACCAGUAAACUUGGAAUCUGUUCAAUUACUUGUCUUGAAGAAUCACAGUUCACAGAAUCAAGAGCAUCAUUUAUCGAUUGGAUCAAAUACUAGUUUCUUGGAUGGGACAGGUGAUCAACAGGCUAUGUCGGACUUGGAUGCAGAUGUACACACAAAAAGAGAAUGGCCAUUCUUUAUUGAUGACUCUGGUAAGAAAAGGAGCACUGUAGAAUUUUUUGCUCAGACCUGGAACAACGGAAAUGUGGGAACAUCAUGUGAAACAUUACAAUCGAACAUUAAGAAAUGUCCAAAAAUAUUUUCACUUGAUCAUAGUAACCCAGUGACAUGUUUUGGACAAGAGCCAACUCAUAGUAUCCAGACAUCCGUAGGAGUCCCUCAUUGCACCUGCUCAAAUUCCACUUUGUUGUCUCCUUUAGUGUCUUCUUCAAUCACAGCUAGUGAGAUCGACUUAACCAGCCAUGCAUCUUCAUUUGUUUCAUCUUGGAGAAAACCUGCCACCGGCAUAAACAACAAACUCAUUGCGCUUCAAGCACUUCCAUGCUUCAGCGGAUCAUCAAAUCCUAGUAAUGAGAACUUGAAUUCCAAGAUAGAUGCUCCAACUCCCAUUGAUUGUGAAAAGUGGCAGAGUGAUGGGUACCAGAACACAACCCUCCUUUCUGGUACUGGGGUGUCUCAUACAAAUGGAUUUCACCAUUAUCUUCAUCUGGAUUCUAAUUCAGCAUCAGCACCACAUCCAAAACUUGCAUCCAAGCCAGACCAGAUUGAUGGCAGCAACAAAGAUCUCCAUGGUCAUUUACCUGGAAGACAUGUAAAGAGUUUCCUGAGCAGGGAUAUAGGCACUCCAAUAAACAUUAACCUAAACCAAGCAUUUGCAACCGGUGUUGAAGCAAGGCUUGCUGUCAGACAGGAUGCAGUUAUUUGUGAUGUUGACAGAAAAUAUGACAAUUUGUCAGGGGGUCUAUCUUGUCUUAGAAUGAAACCAUCUUCUAAUGAGUCUGUUUACUUGAAGAAACAUGCUGCCAAAGUGGAUCUUAGCAUCUGUGAUAGACAUCCUCCACUUAGUUCCAGCUUGAUGGUUGUUGCACCGCAAAUUGAGAGGAAAGGAGAAAUGGAGCUAGAUUUUUCUCUAUGCAAACAACAGGAUGUGGCAUCAAAUUCUCAGUUUAAGGAUAACAAGAUGCAGCAAAAUCAAGUUUCUGAUAGCUAUGGGAAAAGAAUUAUUAUUGAUAAUACAAGUCAGCAAAGCAGCAUGCUUGCUUCUGUUCAACAUAUGAAACAACGACAUUUAACUGACAAUGCUAAGUCUAUGGAAAAUUAUAACAUGAUUUUUUCAGACUUGGGACAUGAAACAAAAGUUCUGAAUUCACAGGAAAAGAUUCACAUUGGUUGUUCGUUUACAGAAAUAUGUUCUGGAAAAAACUGUGCAAGCUUUAGGAAACACAUAAAUGUGAAUGCUGAGUUUGCACGUACUGAUGAUCCUGUAUCUCCAGAUAUAUUAACUCAAGGUGAGAUCACAGUUCAGUCAUCACACUACACACCAAGAUUUGGUGUAAAAAUUCCUUCUGGCAUUGAUUUGGAAGUACCCAUAUCUCAGGCUGAAACUGUUAUUUAUAAUCAGCAUAAAUACAUUCCUUUAAGCAAGAAUGAUGGUUCACAGGGAAAGGACUACUCUUGUGAUAUACUCGUUAGAUUUGCUGCAGAGAAUUUAGUUUCUAUCUCUAUGGAUUGCAGGGGUCGUUCAGAUGAAAUCAGUUCCCACCAGUUAUCUCUGCCUGGACUUGACACCUUGUCGUGGUUUGCAGAGGUUGUAUCAUUCAGUGCAGAAAAUCCAAAGCUGCUGAGUGAUGGAGGAGAUUUCGGUACUCAAUCUUCAGAUGAUCAUGGUUAUGAUUUCUUUGAAGUCAUGACGCUGAAUCUUGAAGAGAUUAAGAUGGAUAAGCAUUCCUCUAGACCUAAGGAGCUUGAGAACAAAAAUGAAAAAGAAGACAAAGACGAUAUAGGUGCAGCUUCACUGCUUUUCACAAAGCCUCGGCGUGGUCAGGCAAGAAAGAGGCGGCAGCGAAGGGACUUCCAGAAAGAUAUCCUGCCUGGUCUUGCAUCACUGUCGAGACAUGAAGUAUCGGAGGACCUUCAAACCAUUGGGGGGAUGUUGAAAGCAUCAGGUAGGCCUUGUCAGACAGGUUUAACUAGACGAAACACAAGUCGAAAUGGCAUGAACCCCCAAACAAAGGGAAGGAGGCAGCCUAGAAGUUUGGCCAUUACCACUGAGGAGAUUCAAGUCAGCCCCUCUACACAUUCACAACCCAGCAAUUGUGAGAUAGGAGUCAGCGAAAGGUGUAUGAUCGGAUGGGGAAGGACAACAAGGCGAUGUCGUAGGCAGAGGUGCCCCCCGGCAGUCUCCCUGCUCCAUAAGGUAGAAAGCAAGCACUAAAUUUGUCAUGAUUGUUCUAUAGAGGAAUUCGGACCGAGUUCUUUGUAGUGCAGGUGGAAGAUGCUUGCACUGGUGAAAUGUGGUUUACAUAUGUUCUUGAUAACAGCUUGUACAUUUCAUAAUAAAUGCUGCAUUUUUACCUGAAACUGAGAAGAAUUUGACUGUAAAGAACUUCAUUAAAACAGUUAAUUCCAGGAAGUCUAAGCUCAUUAAAUCA